AUGCGAGGCUCUACCCUGCUUGCUGGGGCUUUCGCUCAGGCCGCACUAGCCGCCAUUGAGCCCAAGAAUUUUAUUUUCAUUGUCCCUGAUGGCAUGGCACCAGCUUCGCAGACAAUUGCUCGCACAUAUAAGGCCAUGGUUGAAGGCAGCUCCCGUCCUGGUGCGCCUGGAAUUAUUGACGAACUACCGGUAGAUAUCACGCCCAUCGGUAACACGCGCACCCAUUCGAACAACAAUCUUGUCACAGACUCGGCCGCUGCCGGGACAGCUCUCGCUACGGGACACAAGACAAACAACGGUGCGAUUGGUAUUUUGCCCGACAACCAGCCUGUUGGAUCCAUUCUCGAGGCUGCCAAGCUGAAUGGCUACCGGACUGCCCUUGUUGUUACCAGCAUCAUCAACCAUGCAACUCCAGCCGCCUUCUCAUCCCAUGUGGUCAAUCGCAAUGGUCUCGCUGCCAUUGCUGAACAACAGAUCGGCUACAGCCACCCGUUGAAUCAGUCCGUCGACAUCCUGCUUGGUGGUGGACGUUGCUACUUCAAGCCCAAGUCAGACCCGGAUUCCUGUCGUGACGACGAGAUUGACCUCUUCGCCUUCGCUCAGGAUAAGGGCUACUACGUGGCGCAGAAUCGCUCAGCGUUUGACGACCUUGAAAAAGGCCUCGGCGACAUCCGCCUCCCAUAUGUCGGUCUUUUCAACGACGGUGACCUCAACUAUGAAAUCGAUCGCCAGCAGCAGCCUCAAGCGGAUCGUGAACCCUCCCUUGCCGAGAUGACGACGGCGGCCCUCAAUUCGCUGCACCGCGCCUCGCACUGCAAGGAUAAGGGUUACUUCAUCAUGAUCGAGGCCUCGCGCAUCGACCACGCGUCACACGCUCACGACUCGGUCGCGCAUCUCUGGGACGUCCUGGAGUACAACAACGUCGUCGAUGUUGUGACCAAGUGGAUCGAUGAGCACCCCGACACGGCCAUGCUAUCAGUCGCCGACCACGAAACAGGUGGACUAACCUUCCCGAGCGGCUAUGAUCCCCGUCCGCUGGCCGCUUCCAAGCACUCCAUCGCCUACCUGACGGAGCUGUGGAACGACUACAAGGGCGACGAUCGUCGCAGCUUCCUGAGAAACGAGAUCCUCCCGUCGUAUGGUGUCAAUGACGCCACGGAUGCUGAGGUUGAAGCGUUGCUCGCGGGCAACUUUGCGGCGAACCUUGCGAAGCCGAUGAACAAGCGCACUGGUCAUGCCUGGUCGACGGGUGGUCACUCCGCUGUCGACACAACGCUGUAUGCCUAUGGCGCGGAAGAUAUGGGUGAUCAGCUCAUCAUCGACAUGGCCGGCGCGCACGACAACACGGAGUUGCCGAAGUAUAUCGCGAAGGCGUUGAAGGUCAGCCUAGAGGAGGUGACAGAGUUGCUGCGAGCCAAUGGCACGGACUGGAUCCCUCGGGUCUGA